UCUUCAAAUCCUCCGACCGCCAGUUUGGGCAGUUUAUUAAUACAUUAUUAUAACUUUAGAUCGGUGGUCACCGGGUCAUAAAUUAUCAAAAAUAAACAGUCAUAUCGGACUGAUAAAUACGGAUACUUUGAGCCAUGGCUCUCUUUCUUACUGUGCUGCUGGCUGUGACGUUGCCUGCUAAAAACGUUCAGAGGCUCUUGUUUUGAAAUAGUUGACCCGGAAAUAGCUAGCCAGUUGAAGUGGAGCAGCGCCAGCGGCUGUCCUCCGCCUGCCUCCUGUUUGCCGUCGCCUGUCACAGGACGACAGCCUCUGAGCAGCGACCAGGCUCGGACAGACGCUGCGGGGAGCUCGUUACACGGCGGUCAGUGAGAUGCCCGGAAAGUCGCGCUGCAGCAGCAGACCUCGCCGAGGCUUUCGCGCUGAUUUGUGAGAAGCAGAGAAGCAUCUCUGUGGAAGGAAGCCGAGUUUAUCACCGUUAGCCGGCGGCACAGGUGUGAAAGGUCAGUGUCAUGACUGGAGCUGAGACUGAGGAUGAUAUUCCAUUAGGUGAAAGGAAGACUGUCACAGACUUCUGCUAUCUCCUGGACAAGUCCAAACAACUCUUCAAUGGGCUAAGAGACCUUCCUCAGUAUGGACACAAGCAGUGGCAGUCCUACUUUGGACGGACCUUUGACGUCUACACUAAGCUAUGGAAAUUCCAGCAACAACACAGGCAGGUUCUGGACAGUCGGUAUGGACUGAAGAGAUGGCAGAUUGGUGAAGUUGCAUCCAAAAUUGGACAGCUUUAUUACCACUACUACCUUCGUACCUCAGAAACAAGUUACCUGAAUGAGGCCUUUUCAUUCUACUCAGCCAUUCGUCAGCGUUCCUACUACUUUCAGGUCAACAAAGAGGACAGGCCUGAAUUAGUAGUGAAGAAGCUUCGAUAUUAUGCUCGCUACAUAGUCGUCUGUUUACUUUUGAACAAGAUGGACCUUGUCAAAGUUUUGGUGAAGGAGUUGUCUGAGGAAAUUGAAGACUACACACAGCGUUUCAACACAGAGGACCAGUUGGAAUGGAACCUGGUUCUACAGGAAGUGGCAGCUUUUAUAGAGGCAGAUCCUGUGGUAAUCCUGAACGACAACAAUUCUGUCGUCACCAUCAGCAAUCGGCUGCAGGAGGGAAGCGUGCCUCCGCUGGAACAAGGCAUGGUGGUUGGGCAGCUCGUCCUUGCUGACGCACUAAUCAUCGGCAACUGUAACAACCAGGUCAAGUUCAGUGAGUUAACCAUAGAUAUGUUCCGCAUGCUUCAAGCCUUGGAGAGGGAACCUGUAAACUUGGCCACACAGACCUCCAAGCAAGGAACGAUGGAACCCAAUGAAAAGCCAGCGAAGAGAGAAAAUCCUCACAAGUAUUUGCUGUAUAAGCCAACCUUCAGCCAGCUUUUUACUUUCUUGUCUGCCUCUUUUAAGGAAUUGCCUGCCAACAGUGUUCUGCUCAUCUACCUGUCAGCUACUGGAGUCUUCCCUACUGGGCAUUCAGAUUAUGAGGGACCAUAUGAUUUUGGAGGAGUUCUCACAAAUACAAAUCGAGAUGUGGUGAACGGAGAGACGGUGCAGAAGAGGAAUCAGGCCCAGAAGGAAAUGCACUGCCUUCAUCCUGGAGACUUGUUCCCUUUCACCCGGAAGCCACUUUUUGUCAUUGUGGAUUCUUCCAACAGCACAGCCUACAAGAAUUUUACAAAUCUCUUUGGCCAGCCCCUGGUGUGCCUACUAUCACCUACAGUAUAUCCCAAAAGUGUACAAGAUCAGACUCAGCGUGGAAGCCUCUUCACUCUGUUCCUGUACAGUCCGCUCCUGGCGUUCUUCUCCGUGUGUGGCUUAAGCAGUGUGCAGCGAGGUCUUUGGGAAAGAGCUCAAGAAUUUCUUCGGAAAGUCUACCGGGACAUUGGGCAGAUGAUAACACGAUCACGGACCAUAGAUCAAGCCUUUUUGCAAUUCUUUGGCGAUGAGUUCCUGCGGCUGCUGUUGAUCCGCUUUGUGUUCUGCUCCGCUGCCCUGAGACUGCAUAAACUCUUUCGGGAAUCUCGGAGUUUCCCGGAAUCCUACCCAGAGCUCCCCAAACAGGACACAGUGGAGAGCAGCCUUCUACAGAAGCAUAUUUUGGAGCUGGCGACCAUGCUGGACGUGCAGAGCUUAUUUUGGGAUGAUUCACUGGAAGCCUACUAACAUCUUUGCACAGGGCAAUAUGGCAUACAUGUAUAUACAGACUCCACUGCCAACGCCCUCAUAGUUGUUUUCCUUUUUUUUUUUUUUUUUCUUUUUGUAACGCGUAAUCAAAAAAAAAAAAAAACAAAGAAUCCAACACAUGCGAGUUCAUGUCCUCCAUGUAAGUGUUACUGUGACGCAACGGAAAGAUGUUCACAUGGAAUUUAAUCUCGUAAAUUCCCCAUUUUGACUCUCAUUGGCUUGCCUCGUAAAUAUGAGCAUCGUGUAGGACAUAAAAGUAAAACAAAUGAGAUGCUGCACAUAACUCUUCAACUCCCUGGUUCUCGUGUAUCAUUUUUAACCUGCAGCUUCUAACUUUGUUCAUCACGUCGGACUAUCAUCGAGAUGAUGGCAGCCUUGGUUGUGUGUUCUGUAAAAUCAUUUUUCAUAAUUUAUUAGCAUAAAGGAACAAAGAAAGGAAACAUUCUGGGCAGCUUCUAUGUGGAUUUUGAUCCACUUGUAAAAAGACUAGCAUGAGAGUGCUAAAACUGCAUCAGGAAAUAUAAAAACAGUUAUAAUAUGGGCACAUUAUUCACCGAAAAUAUUAUUACUGCUCUGGAGUUUUGUAUUUGCCAAAAAGCGCUUGGUGUAUCAGCUUGUCGCAGGCUGAGCUGCAUGAGGUUUUGUUUUGCUGCGUGUUGUAAGUUAGUUGUUCACUUUCAUGUCAUUAACCAGCUAAAUCUGAGGCCAUUUUUCAGCCCCGUGUGUAUUGGAUGUUAUAGUGGUUCCUUUCCCAUUUCACUGUGCUGUACCUGCAUGCAAAAAAAAAAGGCAAAGAAAUGUGUCCAUUAGGUGUUUGGUCCAAAGAGGAUGCACCACCACAUAAUAUGAAAAGCACUGUAGAUGUUCAGAUGGCAUGGAGUCAGGAAGUAAAUGGAAGUGCAUGUGUUGCAUGGGCCUGUACAGUUUAAGAGUCAAUCAGUGAAGACAAUCUAGUGAGAGAUAGCAGAGGAGAUGACCCUGCCAAACGUUCAAGUCUGUCGCUUGUUGUGCACCUUGGUGCUUUCUGAUCAUUACAUUUAUUACUGAAAUAGGUGGCGUCUGUUACCUUCCUGAUGACAGGACUAACAUGUGACCUGCCGCUCGUUAGCUGCUUUGUUACAAAGCACAAGAAACACCAGUCAUGCUCCUCUUGCUAUGUCCUGAAGUCCUCCUGCUGUCCUCACAGUACCGACCGAUGGCUUUUACUCCUUUAAGCUCAAAGAUGCUACCAGGCAACUUUGCACUGCAGGAAUUCAGGGCUGCCCCAAAAGUUUACAGGAACAGCAAUAAUGGAAGGAACCAGAAUGGCUGCAGUUUUUUUUUUUUAAUCCUGUUUAUCAGGACAUUAAGAAGAAAGCAUUUGGUUUACUGGUUGGUCUUUGUUCCUACCCUCACCUGUGACCAUAAGCUGCAAGGAGUGACCUUAUAGCUGACGGAUACAAGCAGCAGGCCAGAGCUUCCUCUGAGCCUCCUGUGGUGUCUGACUAUAAGACGAGGACACACUGGAAGCGAUUCCCAGUGAUGAGAGACGGUAGAAAGUGCACGAUAUUUAGCAACUUCAAGUGACCACGGGCGAAAAAGGUGCUGGCGACGGGAAGUGGGUGGGACCCACGCUAAACUUUUCCCAACUUCCAAGCGAGCAACUGAAUCGACUACCAAUGAGAGUGAAGAAUACUGUUGAUUGACAUAUGGCCUGGUAGUAAAUAUGUUAGAGGGUCACCAAAGCAGUGUGUGUGGAGCGAAUCGCUUCCAGUGUGCUUUAGAGAGGAGAGGGAGUGGAGCUCAGUCAUUCAGGAGAGGCUCAGAGUAGAGCUUCUGCUCCUGCACAUCGAAGGGAACCCUUUGAGGCGGUUCCAACAUUUGGCUAGAUGCCUCCUACGUGAGGCGUUUAGGGCAUGUCCUACCAGAAGGAGAACCCAUGGUAGACCCAGGACACACUGGAGGUUACAGCUUCCUUGCAAUCUCUGCUCAAACUACAGCCUCCACAUCCUGGACCCAGAUACGCAGCACAAGUGGAUAGAUGGAUAUUAGAAUCCCCGUUAGCUAUCUCUUAAAGCACAGCCAGCCUUUGUGGGGUCCACAUCAACAACAUACAUUAAUAUCAAAUUCAUAUGAAAACUUGCGUUAGCACACCACUAAAAUGUAAUAAAAGCAAACAAAAAAGGUACAAAAAGAGCAGUUUGACAAUCAUGUCUGUGAUCAGUUGUGUUAGCUUCUGUUGCAAAUUUUUACUUUGUUUGUUGUUUGAAAACAUGAGACUGCUACCUGUAGACUUUGGCUUUUGUUGUUGACGUUGCAGAGUUUAGCCAGUGAGUGUUGAGUCCUGCCCAGCAGUUCUUUAGGGCUUCUCAGAGGUACCUACAGUGGAGUAAGCUUGUUAGCAACCCUGAAAAUUGCUGUGGUUUGAAAUGCAUACUAAAGAGAAGGCGGCCCCAAACCAGCCUGCAAGUUCCUGCAGUGGAAAACAGCCUCCUAUUUCCCACCAAAACUCCACGGCUGGUGUCCACACACCAAGUGGCUCCUGGUUAAGGAUUUACUAUCUGACAUUUGGAGCAUAAAGCUCUUCCUCAGACAAAUUUUUUUUUUAAAUGUGCUGACGAUGCAAGAAAUUUAGGCUUAGGACCAAAAGAUAAAAGAUAUUUGAGCUUACAGAAAAAAAAAAAAACCCCACAAGCGAUGUGCUUGCUUCCACAUCGAGACAGUAGUGCAAUUUUUUUUUUCAUUUUGUGUAUAAUUUUAAUUAAGCUGUAGAAAGUAGCGUUUCAGCAGUCUGAAACCCACAUCUGUCCAAACCUGUCACAGCUGAUAGCAGAACAAUGGGUUUCCACAGUGAGCAUACAUUUAAGGCAACUUCUUGACCUUCCUUCCUUCUCAACUGUGACGGUAGCUUAGCACAAAAGAAAUCCCAUGAAAGGAUCAGCAUCAACAACGCCUUAUCACGCCUUGUUUGUUGUUACUGGAAAAACAGCUGGUGAUAUAAAACAUGCUUCAGGAGGACUGCAGGGAGAAGUUUGUUGUUGGAUAAUUUCAUUCAUGCAGGAUGCUGCAUGGGUUUAAAAACAAGCUUCAGUGGUGAAGGAUGUGAAGGGUCGUGGUACCCAGCGAACGUGCCUCACUCAUGUGCUUUAAGAGUUUGUGGAGAAACGUUGGAGCGCUGUGGCAGAGUGAAGUAAGUGGUGUUAGUAACUCAGCAGCCAUCCUGGAACACAUUUGGUACAUUAAUUAGUUUUAGUGAUCAGUACAAGUUUGGACUGCUACUGUAAAACCUGCAGGCAGAGAAUCACCUGUCAAACCUGAGAAAGAAUGCUUUGGUGACAUUGCCCCAAAUAAGAUUUUUAAAGCCUUUUAAACCUUAAAAAAUUCUUCUUUUCCCCCUGAGGUUUGCUUACAUAUUUCUCCCAGAGUUUCAGCUCAGGAGCCUUUGAGUACCAUCUUUCUGUUAAUGUCCAGAAAUAUUUAACGCCCGAGCUCAGGACAGACUGAAGGAAGCUGAGCUCCGUUUUAGAUCCAGCUCUGGGAUUUUGGAAGCUUUCCUUGUUUGAUUGGUUGGAUUCUCUUUUAGAGAAAACAUUUGAUGAUGUUUCAGGUCAGAUUUACAGUAAAUUUUAGUAAAAAUGAAGUACAUUCAUUGUUGGUUUGGUCUUUUCGUGUGAUUAUUUGUGAACAUAGAAAUAUACAGUACAUAGCAGCACCAGCCUUCUCCAGUAAAACCUCUAACAGGUCUUACCUAAAAGUAAAAUUGUCACUAUGUUCAGACUUUCAGUGUUAUAUUGGCUAAUAGGCAUGCCUCCUAUCUUUAGCAUGGCACUGAGGGCGGGUGUAAAAAUGUUUAUGGGGAGAUUUCGGUGUGUUUCUGGCGACAGGAGAGCGCGGCUGUUGUAGUGAUGCUGAUACUGAGAUCAACAAUGCAAGAAGCAGCUGGUUGAAAUGAUGAGUUUUAAUGUGUCAACCAUAGUUUUAAUGUUGAGUUUAUUUAUUGCCACCAUUGAAGUGUGCACACACGAUGUAUAGUAGUGCUUGUUUAGUAUUUGGUAAGUCUGUAUAAUGCGUAAUGAAAUAUGAAGUUGAUGCGAGGAGGAACAACAUGGUAAAGAGGCCGGUUUGUUCUUCGGCCGUUUUGUAUUGUCACAUUCCAGCUUUGCGAGGACUCGGAGAGAGGCGGAGUGUUUUCUCAGUGUUACGUUUGUCUGGGGAAGGAAGCUGUUUCUACGUUUUCUUUGAUUUUUACCGUAACGUGUUCCCUCGUAUCGACAGUUAUGGCAUUUUUAAAUAUUGUAGGAGUGCACUUUAUGAGGUUUAACAUUCUUCUGAUCUUGUUAGUUGUUCUUUAGGGAAAAAAAUAAAAAUAAGUUCAUGUUCAUGUUCUACACACUGGUGACCUUCUUUCUUUCAAAGAGCAAAGGUUAUGUAGGUCACUGAUUUUAAACUUCUUUCCUGUCUGAAUUUUUCAUCUCUUGUUAUAUUUCAAACAGCACGUGGCUGUUUUCUGUUGAGCAGGCAGCAAUAACAUGUAGUUUACAUGUGUGGAAAAGAACGAGAUUUCUGUGGUGCUCUAAAAUCAUGCAGCUGAGGAUGUUUUUUAACGCUCUGCAUCAAAUUUAAAUCCUCAAACACUGCAUAUUGACAGGUUUGUUAGGUACUAUUCCAAAAGUCUUGUUUAUAUGUUAUUAUAACUUGUUAUUGUGUAUUGAGAAAAGAUUAAACACUCACUGACACAAAAUUAGCAUUUUUCUAUUGGAAAAUAAGCGCGGACAGGAAGCUGCUGCUGCCCUAUAACAGUAAAACCAGAGAAAUCAAUAAAAUAACUUCUAGCUUCUGUUCACUGUUGCAGUUCUGUUUUCUGUUCACGUUCAGUCGUCUCCACAAACACGUCCAUUUGUUAUGUAGCACCACUUGGAUCAUUAAUGCCAACGAUGUGUAUUAUUUGAAUUGGCCUCUGAUUUCUCACAGAUGGUUCUUGAAACUAGAUUAUGCAUUGUUUAUGUGAAUAUUAUUUUUUUAGUUCUCAGUUUUAUACUACUCUACCCAGCAGCAUAUGAAGCAUGGUGCAAUAACAUGUUUUUAUUUUGUAUCAUGGAAGCGGCUCGUCCAGCUCGUCACAUCAUUUAAUGGUGUUACAAAGCCCCCUGAUUAUUAUUAUUAUUAUUAUUAUUAUUAUUUUUCCUAGUGGCAAAUCCACUGCGUGAUAAUUUAUUUCAUAUAGCUCUUAUCUUGUGUGCACUACUGAUCUUUUUUGCACAAGUUAAUGUGUUUAUAGAAGUGAUAUUGUUUAAAGAAGUUCAUAAAGUCGUGUAAACAAAAUAUUAAACUUGUAUCAGUAAAAAUAGCUUGUGUGAGCAAAAUAUUAACAAGAUCAUCUUGUAGAGAAGAUGUGAAUUUGUUUAAAUACGGUAGCCUGUGAGACUGAAAUAUUUACAGACUAUAAAAUUAUGCAAAAAGAUGGCAAGUUGUACAAACAAAGCACCAACAAGGUAACUUCUGUGAGAACGUUUAGCUUUUACAGACAAAUAUUACCAGAAUAACAACCUAUCACCAUGUAAACAAAACACAGCUGUGGUAAACAAACAAAAAAAAGUACAUCCUCUGUAAAUUGUAAGGAUAUAGAAAAUCCUCUGGUCCUUAGCAGGUCUUAAAUGAUUUAAAUACAGCCUGAAAAUAACUAGAACGUAGCUCACAAAGUAAGGAAAUGUGCGUUUGCUGGAUUAUUUCUUUGCUGUAAUGAUGCUUCUUGGAAAGCCUGUUUGUUUCCCUCACAUGGAGCCACAUUUGUGAGGAAAAUGCAUUUGUGGGCUGAGCAGCAGAGUUGAGUAUGUGGGCUGGGGCCAUGAAAAACUUGCCAGAUCUUCCUCGUGUGAAUAAUCUUUCUCUCUGAAGACUGAGGAAGUCAGCUGUUUGGAAACGGCACUCUGACCCUUCCCAGGUUGAUGGGCAGAUUGAAACUUUUCCUUCCUGGUCUUCCGUACUCACCCUGCUGAUGAUCAGUUAAUCAAGUGCAUUUGAUCAGCAGCUCCUGGCUGCUCCCUAAACUCUUAACUCCUGUGGAAGCAGUGAGGGUGUACUUAGUUUCUCUAAAUAGUGACACAGUGUGCUGCUGUGUCAUAUUUAGUUGUUCAUCACAGGUUGUAUUUACCUCACUGUAAGAGGACCGGAUGAUUUCUUCCAUGUCCUGAUUUUGAAAGAGGGUCUACUUCCUUUUUACUGUAACCUUAGAGUCGAUUUUUGGGAAAUGAAGUAGAAGUGCUACAAAAAAAAAAAGACGAUAUUAACUUCCACUAAGCAGAGCUGUGAAGAUUAUAUGUGAAUGGCAUUAACUUUUGCAAAAAUGUUAAACUGUGUAAAGAACCUAGCUUGUAAAAAAAAAAAAGUCAGACUGUGUAACGUGCAGGAUUUUACAGAGUGUAUUCCUCCUGUAGAGUCCUAAAAAUCUGAAGCCUGUGGGAUCACAAAUCCAACUCCAUUCAAACAGCAACAGCUUUGUUUUCUCUCUUGCUGCCAUGCUGCUGUUCCUGUAAUAAAUACUUUACACUUUGGGUGUUCAAGGAUCUCAAAUGUUCCGUGUUUUGAAACACUUUGCCUUAUUUUGAAAAGUUUCACAGGAUUUGGGCUGUGAACGUGUACGUGCACUUCUUUUUUUUGCAGAAUUCACUGCGUGUAACAGAAGAGGCUUCAGCUCCAUAAACACUUCAUAUUUCUGUUGUAACCAGAUCAUUGUUUGUCUCUAAGCUGCUACGAUCCAUUUCCAACACUCAUACAGUGAAAAUGCACAGAAGAAGUAAAGAAACCAACAGUGAUUUUUUUUAUUAUUUUUUUUUAUUUCAAGGCCAGCCAUGGGGGCUAUAAUCUGCCCUCGCAGUGUUAGACUCCACCAGAGCACAAGAAACAAACUUGUUUUUGAUGUACAAGGACAAAGCCCCCGCUCCACCUCAAUGACCUGCUACCACAGAGAACACGUCACCAAUAACUGCCGACUGAUCGAUCCCAUUUUCUUCCCUAGAUAUGCAGGGGUCCUUUCUACUGUUUUCUACUUGUAAAAUUGUCCAAAAGAUGGGUGCACCCCUCCUUUAUAGCCACACGUGUGACAUGCUUGUUGUGAUUAUCAGUGUCAAACUGUCAAAUGUAUUUUUAAUAUUUCUCUUUAAAAAAAAAAGAACAGAUGUUUAUCUCUGUAAGCAGCAUGUUUGUUUAGAGUAGAAAGUGCCAAAGACUGAUGUGUUCUCACUUUCCCAUUUUAACAAUGAUUAAAAUCAAUUAUUGUAUCAGAUGUUGCUUUUUUUUUUUUUUUUCUG